CCGACCUUCAGCCAUCUAGGUCAAUCGGAUGAUACAUAGAACGAUUGGUUGCAUUUAUAAUGACUUUGUGUAGAACGUAGUUCAACAUCGAACGUCUAUUUCUGCAUAUCGUUUCUUCUCAUAUUAAAGUUGUACUUCACUGCAGUUGGUGUCCAGACAGCUAUGAUACAGGACUCUGAACCUCCUAGCUUGCUUUCCAGCACAGCUGAUUCGGUAAAAUCCAGUGAAAUGCAAAAGAAAAUACGCCGCAAACAUUUUAAAAACGAUUCUGCUGUCAAGGCUUACAAAUGUGAUUUAAUCAGUCAAAAUAUCAAUACUCCUGUGAAGUUAUAUGUUUGUCACUCUGCUCUAAAUUUGGUUCAUCGUCCGAAGCGAAAGAUAAUGACUACUCUGCCUUACAGUCAAGUUGUCGAACUUAAAAUACAUGAUGAAAAGUUCGUGAAAAUAUAUACAGUCAGUAAUGAAAUGUACACUCUUACCAACUUUGACCGACCGGAUUCUGCGAUUGCUUUUCUCCGAAAUUAUUGGGAAGUUAUUUUGAAAGAAAAAACUUUUUCUACAUCUACAUAUGGAAAUUCAAUGCACAAUGGAUUGCCCAAUAUUAAUAAUAGUAAUAAUAAUCCUCUUUCUGCACAUCGGAAUGCAGUUGUCGCUGAUUUGUAUAAUCGUCUACUAAUUUCAAAAGGUUCAACUACUGUCAGUUUAACAAGUACUAGUGGAGGGGCCACGGGCAGUAUAAGUAAUAGUGAGACAGACAGUGUCACCGGUUCACAAAGACAAGAAAUUGAUAUCCCUAAGUGUACUUUGGCAUUGCGUAAACCUGCUUCUGAAUCAAGUAAUUUAAGUAAAUUAGACAACAGUGUUGAUAUGGAUCCAAGAGUUCAAUCGACUAAUCUUGUAGAGUUGACCAAUACCGCCGCAGCCACCACCACCACCACAACAACAACAGCAACGACACCAACGGCAACAAGUACACCUAUCACAGCGAUGGCUAUAGCAAGUCCAACACCACCACCACCACCAACAUCAGAAAUGUCUUCAUCAUCAUCGUCAUUCCUUGGUAGUAUAACUAAUUCCUUCUCCUUUCCAACUGUCUCCUCCUCAUUGAACAUGGGAAAAGAUUCAAUUUAUCAUCGACAGAAAAUGUUUAACAACUCUGAAGGAAUUAACAAUAAUACGAAUAAUAAUAUUAAUAAUAGUAAUAAUAAUAAAUCACAUCAUAAUGUUUCAACUGAUUGGAAUUGGUGGCCAUUGAAUUUACUCACGUGUAUGUUCAGUUCAACUCCUCCACAAAGAUUUACAAUGUUAAUUGCAUAUGCAAUAUUGGGAUUCUUAUUCCUAUCGACUGUACAUCUGUAUCACCGAUUAGCCUUGAUCGAUUUACAGACAGGUCCAGCUGUCCGUCGUUCUGGAAUUAUUCCAUCUCAUUCGUCGUUGUCGUCACCAUCCGCCUCCUCUUCAUACUCUUCUUCUUCUUCUUCAGAAUUGCAUAAUUUAGAAUUACAACUGACUCAUUUAACUCAGCUUGCAUCAAAAAUGGUCGAUGGUCUUAGUCAUUUAACCUCCGAGUUGAAUAGUCUAAUGACGGUGUAUUCUAAUCCAGAGAAAUUCUCACCUGAUCAGUCAACGUUAAACACUUGAGUAAUAGUGUGUGUGUGUGUGAGUGUGUGAGUGUGAGUGUGCGCGCUGAAAUUAGUUCGCUGUACACCAACUGACUUAUUUACCCACUCACCCACCCGCCUACGCACACAGAUAUACACACAUCACACUGGAUAAACAUAAUAUGAUGUUGCAUUUUAUUCUUGCAUUCUUGUUCUUAUCUUCGUAAGAUAUAGACAGACACACUACAACAGGCAUGCCAAAUGCCUCGAUGAAUAUGAGAGCAGGCACACACACGAAUAGUCGUCGCAUACUGCAUAUUGUUGUACAUAUCUUUGUUAAACUGUUUUGUCUCUCUUCGAAUUACUCUCUCUCUGUUUCUGGAUCUAUGUAUUUAUACCAUCCACAAAUUCUGUGAAGUUAAUCUCAUUUCGCUUAUUUGACCAAAUUGGACUCCAUGUAUACAACACACAAAUACACACACAUACAUAAUAAACACACAGUUACCCCCCCCCCCCCCCCCCGCAUUGCCAAAUACGCGUACACUACUCUACCUCCUCUUUACUUCUUCGUUGAUUAUAAAUCGGUAUUUGUUUUUUGGUUUGUUUUUUUAAAGAAACUAUGAGAUAAACAGUUCUUUUUUUCUUUAUUUAAUUUCUCGGUUAUUUUUUCUCUCUCUUUUCAUUGAUUUACAGUUAUCAUUUUUACUUUACUCAUAGUAUUAUUGCUGUUGUUAUCAUUACUAAUACAUAUAAAUAUAUUUAUAUUAUAGAAGUCCUUAUGUGAUCGAUAAAAAUUGAUUUCAAGCAAGAGAGAACAGAUUUCCUAUGCUAUACACCACCAUUUUCUUGUUUAUUUCUCUUCUCAGGGUAUGAUGCAUGCUACCUACUUGCAUCUACACGCUUCUUCUUUUUCGCUUUCUUGAAGUGUUGUCUAUUCUAUCGUCCGUUUAAUAUCAUUUGUUCUUUUUUUGUUGUUGUUGUUGUUGAU